AUGGAUGAUACUUUUCAUUUCAUAGGUCCGGUUAACCCUGAAUUUCUCUGUCCAGAAGUGUGCAUAAAAACACUCCAGGAUACAUCUUCUGAUGAGGAAAGUACACCAAAAGAUAAGAGGGGGUCAGAAUUCAGGGAUGGUUCUGACAUCUGCCAACCCGUUCUUAGGCUUGUGGAUGAAGAAAACCUACUCGUUCUCCCUCCCGAAGACCAAGAAGAGAAAAGUGAUGUUGAUACAACACUGUACGACGAUCGUAGUGACGUCGGAACGCCAUCAACCGUGAUAAAUAAGCCGGAAACCCCACAUAAAUCACCAGAAACAGCUGAAGGUCAAGUUUGCAAGAAAAAAAAGAAAAAGAAACAUCUCAUAGUCAAUCUUUCAAACUGUAAAUAUGAAUCAGUACGUAGAGUUCUGAAACGAUUUGGCUUCCGAGAGACUGAAGAUGACGAAGAUUGGUGUCUCUAUUGGACCGAUUAUUCAGUUACUAUUGAUAAGGUUCUGGUUAUGAAACAGUGGCAGAAAAUAAAUCAUUUUCCAGGAAUGUCUGAAAUUUGUCGGAAAGAUAGUUUAGCGCGUAAUUUAAAUAGAAUGAUCAGAUUAUUUCCCAAAGACUAUAAUAUAUUUCCAAAAACUUGGUGUCUUCCAUCAGAUUGGAAUGAUAUUCAAAAUUAUGCUAAGAAGCAUAAAAGUAAAACGUUUAUUAUAAAACCAGAUAAUGGAUGUCAAGGUCGUGGUAUUUAUAUCACUAAAAAUGCUAAAGAUAUUCGACCAGUGGAAAAUAUGAUUUGCCAAGUGUACAUAUCUAAGCCUUUUCUUAUCGAUGGAUAUAAAUUCGACUUGAGAAUUUAUGUUCUGCUUACUUCAUGUGACCCACUACGUUUAUUUGUAUUUAAAGAUGGCCUAGUACGUUUUACUACAUGUUCUUAUAUUGAACCAAAUCAACGUAAUGUACAUGACAUGUAUAUGCAUUUAACAAAUUAUGCUGUACAGAAACAUAGCGAAGGCUAUAUCAGAGAUAAUGAAGAAGGAGGAACAAAACGCCGAAUUACAACGCUUAAUCGAUGGUUUAAAGAUAAUGGUUAUGAUGUGAAAAAGAUUUGGGAAGACAUAGAUGAUGUGAUCAUUAAAACAUUACUAUCUGGUUAUGCUAUAAUUAGACAUAAUUAUCGAACUUGCUUUCCAAAUCAUAUUCAAACAUCAGCAUGUUUUGAAAUUCUUGGCUUUGACAUAAUAUUCAACCACAGAUUAAAGCCAUAUGUUCUUGAAGUGAAUCAUUCACCAAGUUUUACUACAGACAGUAAAUUAGAUAAAGAAAUUAAAGAAGCUAUGCUCUGGGAUACUGUACAACUUGCACAUUUCAAUGCAGUUAGUAAAAAGAAAUGUUGUGAUGAAGAAAGAAAACGCAUUCGAAAUCGUUUAUUACAUAAAAAUAUUGAUAAAGAUCAUAGAUGUUCACUCGAACGUGAUAUUGAAAGAUAUCAAGCACUAAGUGAAAAAUAUGAGAAUAGCCAUAUGGGUAAUUUUCGUCUGAUUUAUCCAUCAAGCGAUCUGGAAAAAUAUUCACAAUUUCUCAAUCCAACUGCAACAUUUUAUCAGGAAACAGUUACUUACAAAGUAAGAAGUGAAUGUGCAAGACAACUAAGAGAAGAAAUAAGACUUAAACAAGAAAAAUUGGAUUUAAUUGCAAACAAACAUAAGCAAAGUCAAUCUGAAAGUCCAGCUCCCAAAAGAUUAAGAAUUAAAAUAAACACUGGAUUAUUAUCUCAGCAAUUAAUAAAAUCAGUUAACAAUGAUGAAAUAAUCAAUAAUUCUAAUCAAUUAAUACCCAUAAAUAAAGUGGGUUUUAAUGUCAAUAACAAACAAAACAAUCAGGAGGAACAAAGGAAACCUGAUAAAUGUUUAGAAGUCUCUACAGAAGGAAAACAAGAAAAGGACAGUAAUGAUAACCACUCUGAUAAUCAGACAUUGAUUAAGUCUACGUUAAACAAUGUCGAACUUUGUGUAAAUACUAAAUUGCCACAACCUAUACUUGAUAAUGAAGAAGCUGAACGUAGAAAUGAAUUAAAAAGACGAGAAGAUCAAAUGCACAAAAUAGGUUUAAUUUCAAUGCUUUAUGAAUUAUUUGCACAUUCACAUUCUUUAAAAUACAAAGACAAAAAAGAAUUUAACGAAUUAUAUUUAGAUAAUAAUACUAAUACAGAACAAAACUGUACAGAACAUCGACAAUCACAACAGAAAGCAGAUAAAAAGAAGGAAAGAGAACUGAAUGUUCUAAAACCAACAGCUUCAUGGAAAAAUCGUACACAGUUAUCAGGAAGACAAAAGUACUGGAUUAAGAAUCAAGAACAUGAAAACUCUGCUAAAGAAAAACCAGAUAUCAUACAUGAUACAAAAAUAACUCCAGUAGUAUGGGAUAAUCCAAUUGAGAAAAACAAACCGUCGCUUGUUCCAGUAGCGAAUCAAUGUUGUAAUAAUUAUUUUGUGCGACUGAAUGGAAGUCGUUGUAUUAAUUCAGCUCAACCAUCCAUAAAUAAUCUUACUUUUGGUGCGUUUCCAUCUCAUCAAUUUCAUAAGAUACAUCAGCGAAAAUCCCAACAAUCUUACCGUGUACAUUCCGGUAAUCUUUGUGACGGAGGAAUACAUUCAAACUCUUCAAUGAUAAAUCCGACCAAUGGUCAGAUAAUUCAAAAUUUACCAGUGAAUCUUGAUAGUCAAUCAUUUUAUCAAGAUUGUAAUGAUACAAAUUUUACUGGCAAGAAAAGUCAUCAAUCAGUAAAAAAUUCGUCGUUUGAAAGUAUAUGUAAUCCGAUUCACACAUCUUUACGAAUAAAUGAAAAUUAUGGUUCCCUACCUUCAAGAAGUAUCCGAUCUAAUUCAGCGAAUACUUCCAGACAGCAUAGUCAUAAUUCCUCUAGCAAAAAAGCACCUAAUGACUCUGACAGUGUUAAAACAGCGGAAAAAUAUAAAACCCCACUACCUACACUGGUCAAUCCUCGUGUGAACACAUCCCAUAACAGCCAUGGUCCGCAGUUAAUAAUCAAUGGUUUAAUGCCAGUUGUCUCGUCGGCGAAAUUAAAUCGAGUUACUAAGAGAACUUCAAACCAAGAAUAUUACCGAACAGUUUUAAACGAAUAA